AACAUCAGCGAAUGCAGUCCGUGUCGGUCUCUGCAGCGCCUCGCAACGUCCACGGGCGCCAUUCAUCGUUACCGUUACCGUUACCAAGCAGUAGCUAAGCAGUGCGUAUCGCCUAUCGCCUAUCGUCUCCUCCGGUUGACCCAAUGAAGAGUCGCGUCGUGUGAUUCCGCCAAUACAAUACGAUACGAUACGGUUUCGUUGCGAUUCGCGUGGGGAGUGGAGUGGAGUGCAGUGCAGAUUCUGCCGCUUGAAUAUUUCUUGGCGCGUCUUUCUGCAUUCGAUUUGAAUCUUGGUUGUUUUUUUUUUUAAUUUUUGUUUCCUGCUUUCAACAAGCCCGAGUAUCCAGCAAAUCAACGCCUGGCCCUAUGCUGCGUCUGCUCCUUGUGUGUGUACGAGUGUUUUAGUGUGUGAACUUCAGGUGUCGGUUGCGGUCGCCAUUGAUGAAUGGCAAACAAAUUGAAUGGCACUGGCCGGUAAAUAAUACGCGUCCGCUUUGAAAGCCCCCGCCCCGUUCCGAAAAAGCGCUCCCAGCAAACACAAACCAAACACCAAAACCCAAACCGAAAGCCGACCAGCCGAAAGCCGUUCCAGGGUGCAGAGGUGUGUGUAUUAUUCACUCGAUUUCAGCUCUUUAUGGCAUUAUCUUCGAUAAGAAAAAACGUCUAUAAGCCAUUGCGUUAAUUCGGUUAAGCACUUAAGGCGAGGUCCUGUCAGUACCCUGCCGUCCCGUUCCCUUCCGUUCCGUCCUGUUCGGAGGAACACAUGGACUGGUGGGGAGUCGUCCAGCCGGACGCUGGAGCAAUGCGUUAACGGCCACAGUCACUGGAGCAGGAGCCCUGGAACAGAAGCUGCUUCAGUUCCGGCGAGGAACAAACGAGGAUAAAUUGCUUGGCAAAAGCCACGUUCAUAGUUCAAUUGAAGGUGAAUCCGAGAAGAUCCAGAGCCCCGGUCAGGACCUUGUCCAUCAUGUCCAGCAGUCACUCCGGCACGAUUGGCCGUAAACGCGCCGGGAGCGGCAGCGCCAGUGCCAGUGCCGCCAGCAGCGAGUAUUUAUACGGCGGCGGCGACCAGAUGCGGCGCCAACGAUCGGCCGAGUGGCACAGCCAUCGGCACGGCCACGGCUACGGCAGCAGCAGCGAGGACGAGUACCAGAACACGGCACAGGCCACUUCGUUUGAUACACAGCUCCUGGCCCAGUUGCUCCUCCAGAGCCAGCAGUUGGCAAGCAUGGAACACUACAAUUCGGAUUGCGAGCCGGAAUAUCUACGGCAGCGAGACUGUCGAUUGGGCCAAGGAGGCAAUGGCCCCGGCGCCGGCUCCGUGGCGACAGCCUCCGCCUCCGGCCAGGAAGUGACCUACGCGCAGCCGCACCAACGAGGCGCGGCGGGCAGCGUGGUCUCGCCACUGAAGGUGGCCACCGUGUCGACCAGCAAAUAUCAAUCCAAUGCCAAUCUGGGCCUCUUUCCCAGCGGCAGUGCCACUGCCACAGCCACAGCCACUGCCACAGCCGUUGCCACACCGCGCAGUACAAACCCCUUCCUGAGCGCCAAAUUCACGGCGGACGAGGAGGCCACGGGCACGUUCUUGCUGCCCGCCUCGGCCUCCUCCUCGACGGCUGCCUCCAGCCACAGUCGGAGCCACCGGGGCAGCAGCGGAGCGGCGGCACGCAGCACCCUGAACCGCCUAAGUGGCAUGACCAGCUCCAGCAGCGGCACCUCGGCCCUGUCCGUCAAUCGCAGCGAUUCGCUGCGGCAGCGGCAUCCCAGCCACAGCCACAGCCAGGCACAGCAUCUGCACCCGAGCCAGCAGGCGGUGCGGCAGCAGCACUCUUUAGUGCAGCCGGAGGCGCGGAGCAUGAGUGGUGCCAGUGGUGCCAGUGGCGACGGCGAUGGAAAUGACGUGGGUGAGGGCGAGGGCGAGGGGGACUUUGACGAUUUUGCCGGAAGCAGCGGGGAGUCGGAACCACCGCCAGAGCCGGCGCCGCCGGAGAUACCGCCACGCACGCAGUCGCUGCUGAUGUCCUUGCGCAAGCACUCGGACUACAAGCUCAAAUACGAGGAAAAAGGGGACCAAAAGCACGAGGAAUUCAUCCCGACCAGCAAGCUCCAGAAGGAUUAUAUCAUCAGCGAUAACUUACGUUCAACGGAUCAGCAGUUGAAACCCCAGUCGCCGGUCGACACGCAGGGAUUGGGCGGCCACCCACAACAGAUGCCACAAAGUAUGUCAACUGGCAGCAACACAAUCGGCCAUGGCGGCAUCGAUCGCGGUGGCGUCGUCAUGCCCAUGGGCGCCGGCACAAUGCCCGUCGGUGUGGGCGGUGUGGGUCAAGUGGGCGGCGGCGUUGGCGUCGGCGGCGGCGGCGGUGGUCCCAAUACCAACGUCGGGCCACCGGGCAGCGGCAAUGGGGGACCCCAUUGCCAGAUAAGCGGCUCACAGCCGUUGGUCAUGCCCGGAUUCCCAUUGCGUAAUUCCCACUCAACGCAUGCACCGCAUUAUUCGCCAUAUUCGCCAUCCAGGUUUCACAUAGAUAAGCGCUGUCAGCACCGAUGUUCCUGGAAAUGCUUGAGCAUCGCCUUAAUAUUCGUAUCCGUCGUCCUAACCGCCAUGUUGGCAUACUUUGCAGCUGUCAGCUCGAUGAAGCCGAACAUGGACAGCACCAACUGCAUCCUAGUCCAGGACGUCAAGUCGCAGCCGCACGAUCUGCGCGGUGGGCCGGGGGGCAAGCCGAACGACAAGAGCGGAGGCGGGGCGACCGCCUAUCCCACGGAGGAAUCGAUACAGACCAGCACCUCGGACCACGGCAGCAACGGACACGGACUCAAUGGAGCGGCGGGUGGGGCCGGCGGUGGCGGCGUCGGAGGCGGGGCAACGGGCAUUCAGCAGCAGUUGCUGCUGCAGCAACAGCAGCCGCACUCGAUCAACCAGCCGCUGACGCCGAUGGACGCGACCAACACCCAGCUGCAGGACCACCAACUGACCUACGGAGGCGGCAUCGGCAACGGCAUGGGCAUGGGCCCGGGCUCCCUGAACGGCCAACAGCACAACAUGCUGCUGGCCCAAGCGGGCGGCGGCGGGAUGCACCACCACCAGGCGCUGCAGCCGCAGCUGGGAGGGGGCCAGUGGCCGCAGGUCGUGGAGCUGAAGGAGUUCAACGAGGUGUACCACGCCAAUAUACCGGCCUACCAGUUCUGGACCUUGGAGUUCCGGAACAAACAUCCGGCCUUCAUUCGGUUCAACUUCACGCUGCCGUGGGGCGCCCACUUUGCCGUCUACUCGCGCCGGAACGUGGCCCCGUCGGUCACCCAGCACGACUUUGUGGAGUUCAUCAAGGGCGGACGUCUGGACAGCCACCUGCGGCACCGUCGCAGCCCCCCGGGCAAUGCCUCCUCGAUCGCCGGCAAGGACUGGGACGCCGUGUACCUCGACGAGCAGCAGCAGCACCUCCAAGAGCGGUUCACGCCACGACCAAGCCCCCAGUUCAGCUACGAGGAGCAGGACCCCGAUCUGAUGGAUGACAGCAACGACGACCCCGACCCCGACUCCGACUCUGGCGAAUUCUUCGAUGUCGAAACGCCCCUGGACACGGCCAAGCAUCUCCAGCGACAGAUCCACUUCCAGCAGCAAAAUCCACAGUAUGCGCAGCACUCGCAUGAGGUCAAGAAGCGCUCUGCGGUGGAUGGCGGCGGCCUGCCGGCCCUCGACAUGGACGCGAUGACGGUGAACGUGUCGCUGCUGCAGUAUCUGGACACCGGGCUCUGGUUCAUCUCCGUCUACAACGACGAGCUGGUGGCCCACUCCGUGUCGCUGCUGGCCGAGGAGGCCGAGGGCGUCAGCACCACCUGCCCCAACGACUGUUCCGGUCGCGGAAGCUGCUACCUUGGGAAGUGCGACUGUAUCGAUGGCUACCAAGGCGUUGACUGUUCCAAGAGCGUUUGUCCGGUGCUGUGCUCGGCGCAUGGCCACUACGGCGGCGGCGUCUGCCACUGCGAGGACGGCUGGAAGGGGGCCGAGUGUGACAUUCCGGUGGGCGAGUGCGAAGUCCCCAACUGCUCCAGCCACGGACGUUGCAUCGAGGGCGAGUGCCACUGCGAGCGCGGCUGGAAGGGACCGUAUUGCGAUCAACACGACUGCCUUGAUCCGCUGUGCUCGGGGCACGGCACCUGUGUGGCCGGACAGUGCUACUGCAAGGCCGGGUGGCAGGGCGAGGACUGUGGCACGAUUGAUCAGCAGGUGUACCAGUGCCUGCCCGGCUGCUCGGAGCACGGAACCUACGACUUGGAGACGGGCCAGUGUGUGUGCGAGCGCCACUGGACGGGACCGGAUUGUUCGCAAGCUGUUUGCAGUCUGGACUGCGGGCGGAACGGGGUGUGCGAGUCCGGUAAGUGCCGCUGCAACACUGGAUGGACGGGCAACCUCUGCGAUCAGCUGCCCUGCGAUGCUCGAUGCUCGGAGCACGGCCAAUGCAAGAACGGGACCUGCGUCUGUUCCCAAGGAUGGAAUGGCAGGCACUGCACCCUGCCUGGCUGCGAGAACGGCUGCUCACGGCAUGGACAGUGCACCCUGGAGAACGGCGAGUACCGAUGCGACUGCAUUGAGGGAUGGGCUGGCAGCGACUGCUCGAUAGCCCUGGAACUUAACUGCAAGGACAACAUUGACAACGAUGGCGAUGGGAUGACCGACUGCUCGGACAGCGAGUGCUGUUCGCACCCGGCCUGCUCCGAGCACAUCAUGUGCCUCUCCUCGAACGAUCCCGUGGAGGUGCUGCUCCGCAAGCAGCCGCCCUCGGUGACGGCCUCCUUCUACCAGCGCGUCAAGUUCCUGAUCGAGGAGAACUCUGUGCAGUCGUACGCCCACAUGGAUGAGUACAGCGAAAAUCUCUUCUGGAGCUCGUUCACACCUUGUCGAGUGUCUGUGAUGCGAGGUCAGGUGAUCACUCCUCAGGGACUUGGCAUUGUCGGCAUUCGUGUCUCCGUAGAUCGGGACUCGCGCUUCGGGUUCACCCUCACCCGCCAAGGAGGCUGGUUUGAUGUUCUCGUGAAUGGCGGAGGAGCGGUCACCCUACAGUUCCAGCGAUCCCCGUUCCGCCCCCUGACGCGCACCGUCUUUGUGCCGUGGAACCGCAUCGUAGUCCUGCCGCCCGUCCAGAUGCAAUUGAGCGAUGACGACGAGACCACCAGCCGCAACAUCAAGGUGGCGCCACUGAAUCCAGCCUUGACGUUCCUCAACUCCAUCCACUACCACACGGCGGAUGAGGCCAAUGAUGCCAGCAAGGUGUGCAUGGACCACGACCACGAGAAGCUGCGACCGCAGCUGAUCAGCACUUGGAUGCCCAAUGGCGUGGGCGCCAUGCCCGGCAAGCGGGUUAUCUUUGCCGAGACCCAGAUUGUCCAGGAGUCCAUACAGAUACCCGGCUCGGACCUGCACCUCACCUACCAGUCGUCGCAGGCAUCGGGCUACCUGAGCAUCGUCCGCAUGCGACUGACCUCGGAGACGAUACCCACGACCCUGACCCAUGUGCACGUGGGCGUGGAGAUCGAGGGGGCGCUGCACGUGAAGACGUACGAGGCGGACCCCAACCUGAUCCACACGUUCGCGUGGAACAAGCGCAACGUGUACCGCCAAAAGGUGUACGGCGUGACGAUCGCCCGGAUAUCGGUGGGCUACCAGCACACCACCUGCCAGACGCCCGUCUGGAUUACCCAGACAGCCAAGCUACAGGGCUACGACGUGGACAUCUCGGACAUUGGCGGCUGGGGGCUGGACAUCCACCACCACUAUAACUUCCACGAGGGGAUCCUGCAGAAGGGCGACGGCAGUACGCUGCACAUGAAGGAGUACCCGCGCACCGUCAAGGUGGUGAUGGGCACCGGCCUGCAGCGGCCCCUCAACUGUCCAGACUACUGCAAUGGGGUGGCCAAGGACGCCAAGUUGCUGACUCCCAUCGCCCUGGCCACCGGCCCCGAUGGCAGCCUCUACGUGGGCGACUUCAACCUGGUGCGCCGCAUCACGCCCGACGGCAAGGUGUUCACCAUCCUCCAGCUGAGUGCCACCCAGGUCUCGUACCAGUACUACCUGGCCGUGUCGCCCGCCGACGGGCACCUGUACAUCUCCGACCCAGAGCGCCACCAGAUUCUGCGUCUGCUGCGCCUCGAGAAAGUCAAGGACCCGAGCAUCAACAGCGACCCGGUGGUGGGCAGCGGCCAGCGGUGCAUCCCCGGCGAUGAGGGCAACUGCGGCGACAGCGGACCCGCCCUAAUGGCGCGACUCUCCCACCCCAAGGGGUUGGCAAUUGCCGCGGACCGCACGAUGUAUAUCGCGGACGGCACUAACAUCCGGGCCGUCGACUCCAAGGGCAUCAUCCACACCCUGAUCGGCCAUCAUGGCCAUCACAACCACUGGAGCCCGGCGCCUUGCACCGGCACCCUGAUGGCCAACCAGGCGCAGCUCCAGUGGCCCACCGGCCUGGCCCUCAGCCCCCUGGACGGGUCGCUGCACUUCAUCGACGACCGCCUCGUGCUGCGCCUCACCUCGGACAUGAAGAUCCGCGUGGUGGCCGGCACCCCGCUGCACUGCAGCAACAACGGACAGGACAGCCGCGUUAACAAAACAGCCACCGACAACGUCCUAGGCACCGUGCUGGCCAUGGCCUUCUCGCCCUUUGGCGCUCUCUACAUAGCGGACAGCGACUCGCGACGCAUCAACUCCAUUCGAGUGGUGGACACGGCUGGAAACAUGAGAUACUUUGCCGGCAAGCAGGAGGGAACUGGCUCCCAGACCUGCGAGUGCGCCAUUGGCACGGGCAGCAACGGCAGCUCGGCCUCGGCCGGACUAGGCGGGGCCAGUGGUGGCGCCUACUCGACGACCGUGAACCCGACACGCAAUAAUGGCGGCACCACCCCGACGACCCCGGCGGGCGGAAACGGAAACAACGGCAGCGCUUCUGCCUCCACCUCGCUCCCCACGGGCAACGGCAGCUCCGCGGCCUGCAUCUGUCCUGGUGGCAUCGGCAUCGGCACGCUCUCAGGCUCUGGCUCUAGUUCCGGCUCCGGCGCGGGCACAGGCAACGGCGGCGGUACUCUGGCUAGCAUCGUCGGCGGCGGCAGUCUCAUGUCCACAGGACCCACCACUACCACCACCGUGCUCCUGGGGGCGAAGACCACGGCCUCGGGCAUCGGCAGCGGUGCGACCCUCAACGACGACGGAACCCUAAGCAACGCCGAGACCCUGCUCUCCUCGAACGCCCGCUUCCAGGCUAUCUCGGCCAUUGCCGUGGCCCAGGACGGCGUCAUCAAUGUGGCAGAUCAAGGAUCCUUGCAUGUCUUGGCCUUGGAGCAUUAUCUGCCUUCGCACGACGAAAACGGAGAGUUCCACAUUCCGUUCCCGCCGUCGAGCGAGAUCUACGUGUUCAAUAGGUACGGCCAGCAUGUGGCCACCAAGGACCUGACCUCGGGCAAGACGCGCUACAGCUUCCUGUACUCGAAGAACACCAGCUUUGGGCGCCUGUCGACGGUCACGGACGCGUCGGGCAACAAGAUCCAGUUCCUGCGCGACUACAGCAAUGUCGUGAGCUCCAUUGAGAACACACAGGACCACAAGUCGGAGAUCCAGAUCAACGGAAUCGGCAUCAUGACCAAGCUGAGCGAGAAGGGGCGCCAGGAGAUCGAGCUGGACUACGACAGCAACACGGGCCUGCUCAACUCGCGCUCCUCCGGCGGCGAGACGUACAUCUACCAGUACGACGAGUUCGGGCGCGUCACGGGCAUGAUCCUGCCCAGCGGCGAGAUCGUGCGCAUCACCUCCCAGCUGGCGGACAACAAAGGACUCACCAUCUACGUGCACGCCUCCGUGGAGUCGCUCUUCUCCCGCGAGCGCGUCGUCGGCGUCGAUGCCAACGAACUGCUCGUCCUCGGCGGCGUCCGAUCCACCUUCCUGAAACGCGGCCUGGCCCACGCCGAUGCGGAGCUGAAGGCCAACAACACCCUGGUCAUCCACGGGGCCAACGGAGUGGUGGUCGAGGCCUCUGCGGUGGCCCGGCACCCUCUGCUUGAGGCCGCACUGCCCGUGGAGGCGGAGAUGCUGGCCAUGUGGUCGCACCAGAGCGUCACCAUGGGCGACGGGCUCACCAACUCGAUGUAUUCGGUGUACAACCUGGUCGGCGAUGUCCGUAAUCCCCAGCAGACACUCAACCGCGAGAUCUGGGUCAACCAGUCGCGCGUAAUCGGAGUGGAGUUCGACCAGUUCACCAACCGUGAGACCUUCUACGACGGCCGACGCACCCCCAUCCUGAUCGUGGCCUACGACCAGUCGGGACUGCCCAAGUCCUACUACCCCACCAAUGGCUAUCCGGUGAACAUCACCUAUGACCGCUUCAACCGCGUCGAGGGCUGGGCCUGGGGCCCUGCGGAGCUCAAGUACAGCUACGACCGGCACGGCCUGCUCUCGGAGAUCACCUCGCAGCAGGACGGCAUCAUCUCUUUCGUGUACAACGACUGGAACCUCGUCUCCGAGAUCGGACUGGCCAGCCAGCGCAAGUUCGUGCUGCAGUACGACGACGCUGGAGGCCUCCGGCACGUGGUCCUGCCCUCGGGCACACGCCACAGCUUCAGCAUGCAGACCUCGAUCGGCUUCAUCCGCUGCACGUACACGCCGCCGGGCAGCACCCGAGCCUACCUCCAGCACUACAGCCACGCCGGAGCCCUGCUCCAGACCAUCCUUCCCGGGGACGGUGCCCGCAUCGUUUACCGUUACAAUGCGGCCGGCCAGCUCACGGAGGUGGUCCACGGGGACGGACGCAGCGAGUUUCAGUACAACGAGGCCAGCGGCAUGCCCAGCACGGUGUCGCACUCGGAACGGGAGCUGGAGUAUCGCUGGGACUUCGAGUACGCCGCCGGCCUCCUCACCGAGGAGCGCAUCGACUACGUGGCCAAGACGGGGCUGAGCAACGCCAAGUUCAGCUACGAGUACGACAGCCAGCUGCGGGUGGUGGCCCUGCAGGGCCGCAUCGGGGGCCAGAGUCUGCCGACGCAGGCCUUUGCCUACGACCCACGCACCGGCCAGCCCAGCCUCAUCGGGCAGUUCAAGUUCACGCGGCCCGCCCUCAACCAGACGCAGCUGCACGACGGCACGGCCAGCUUCACGCGGACCGUGGACGGACGCUUCCAGACACAGCGCAUGGCCCUGGCCAUACAUCGGCUGGAGGUGUUCCGCAUGGAGUUCUCGUACGGCGUGCACGGCCGCAUCUCGCAGACGCGAACCUACACCCGGAACAUGGCCGUAAACAGCUACACGAACGUGAAGAACUACACCUGGGACUGUGACGGGCAGCUGGUGGGCGUGGAGGCGCAGGAGCCGUGGGGCUUCCGGUACGACGACAACGGCAAUCUGCUCUCGCUCACCUACCGCGGCAACACGAUCCCGAUGGAGUACAACGCCCAGGACCGCAUCGUGAAGUUCGGAGAGGGCCAGUACAAGUACGACGCCCGCGGCCUGGUGGCCCAGAACGCGCGGGAGGAACGCUUCCACUACAACACGCAGGGCCUGCUGGUGCGCGCCUCGAAGCGGGGUCGCUUCGACGUCCGCUACUACUACGACCACCUGAAGCGGCUGACCACGCGCAAGGACAACUUCGGGAACGUGACCCAGUUCUUCUACACGAACCAGCAGCGACCCUACGAGGUCUCGCAGAUCUACUCGCCCCGCGACGGCAAGCUGAUGUCGCUCACCUACGACGACGUGGGGCACCUGAUCUACGCGCAGGUGUACCGCCACAAGUACUACGUGGCCACGGACCAGAGCGGCACGCCCCUGAUGCUCUUCAACCAGUACGGCGAGGGCAUCCGCGAGAUCAUGCGCUCGCCCUUCGGCCACAUCGUCUACGACUCGAACCCAUAUCUGUAUCUGCCGAUCGAUUUCUGCGGCGGCAUCCUGGACCAGGUGACCACCCUGGUGCACAUGGGCGACGGCCGGGUCUACGACCCGCUGAUUGGACAGUGGAUGUCGCCGGACUGGCAGCGCGUGGCCGAGCGCAUCAUCACGCCCACGCGACUCCACCUGUACCGGUUCAACGGCAACGACCCCAUCAACGUGGGCCACGAGCGCCACUACCCGCAGGACUUUGCCAGCUGGAUGCGAACCCUUGGGUACAAUGUGGGCAACCUGGUGCCGCAGCUGGCACGCGACCUCUGGCAGCCGCCGGCCCUCUGGGGACGUCCGCCCGCCAACCCCAUUGCCCUGAACAUGCGCCGACCCUUCGACAAUAUCCCCACCAUGGCCGUGGAGAGCGGCUUCCUCGCCCACCUCAAUGUGCGCCGGAUGUCCGACUUCGAGCAGCUCUCGGCCCCGCCGCGGUCCGCUCUCAAGUGCGACGUAAUGGACCCCUCGCCGCGCAUCAUCGGCUCCGACACGGAACCGCCCUUCGGCAAGGGCAUCGUCGUCUCCCGGACGGCGGACGGGCAGGCCAUCGUGUCCAGCGUACCGGCGGCCAAUGCGAUCUAUCGGGACGUGUACACGAGCGUGUUCAACCGCUCGAAGCUGCUGCCCUUCACCUUCGUGGUGCACAACGCCCAGCAGGACUCGUUCUUCUUCGUCAAGGAGGAUGCGUGGCGUGCCAGCGAGGACCGGCAACAGCUCAAGCGGCUGCAGGGGCAAGUGAACACCACCUUCCACGAGAUCACGCGCGAGGCUGCACCGGCCGGGACGUCUGGCUCCAGUGGCUCCGCUGGCUCCUCAUCGUCGGCGGUCUCCGCUGCCGGCACCUCGGGCGGCAACUAUCUAGACGUGAAGAUCCAUGGAGCGCACGCAAUCAUCAAUUUGCGGUACGGCACCACCGUCGCCAAGGAGCAGCAGCGCCUGAUGCACCACGCCAAGCUCACGGCCGUCCGCAAAGCCUGGCAUCGGGAGAAGGAGGCCCUGCGCAGCGGUCUGACCACCGCCCUAGAGUGGACCCAGCAGGAGAGCGACGAGAUCCUCAAGCAGAGCUAUGCCAACAACUACGAGGGUGAGUACAUCCACGACGUGGCCCUCUACCCGGAACUCGCCGAGGAUCCGUACAACAUCAAGUUCGUGAAGAAAAAGGGCGCCACCGGCGGCGCCGCCGGGGUGCCCAAUGCCCGGCGCAGACGCCGGCGCUCCCCGGACCGCGAUAUCGACGAGGAUGCGACGGCCGAGGAGGCCGUUGCCUGUUAGCUCUUGGACGAUGCCCCGAUCUCGGAGAUGCGAUUACCAUCCACCCAGCAGCUCUACUAAGAAGAAAGAGAGUGCCGUAACGGCUUACGGCGCAGGAAGCAUAAUUAUUUAUAUAUAUAUAUAGGACUAAAUGUAUGUUAUCGAACAGUUUUUUGAUGUCAAGGAACAUAUAUAUACGGAUUUUUUUUAUCGUUAGGAACUAGAGAGGUGCGACAAAAAAUGCAUAUAAGUAGGGACUCGGAUCCCAUGUAGAUGUCAUGGAUCUCAUGGCAGAUGCAUACAUAAUCCGAAGUAGAGGUAUACCCGUACUCGUCUAUGUGUGUGUGUCAUCGGCUAUAUCUAGACAGAUGCAGAUACAGAUAAUGAUACCGAUACCGAUACACUGAUACACCGAUAUCGAUAUCGAUACAGUUAUAGAUACUACCUAGAAGCAUACAUAGAUAUACAUACAUAUAUGCUAUAUAGCAUAGUGCAGUAGUCAUAUAAACAGCCCAGAAAAUCAACCUAAAACACAUACAUACAUAACCAUAUACAUAUGUACAUGCAUACUCAGAAACAAUAAGGCGUGGCAAGGGGCGUCAGAUGAUUGGGUAAUAGUAAAAGAGUAGAACAGUAGAAGAGUAGAUGGGAUACAGGGGAAUGCAGUAGGCAAGGAGGGAAUCUUUUUUUCGUGGUACUCGAGCUUUUUGAGACUGGCAUAGUUUUAAACGAAUCACAAAGCGCGCGGAUACGAACACACAGAAACAGACACUCGAACAGACAGACAGACGAAUAUCCGACGGAGUGGGCUCAGAAGGAUAGCCAGCACCAUCAGCCAUCGUAAAUGUAUAUAGAAAAUAUAUGGCAAUGGGAACGGAUAUGAUAUAUGAGAAGCGGAAUAGAAUUAGCCACAGAUGGAGCCCUGGCACGCCGUCUAGGCCACACCACAAGCCACACACAUAAACGACUACAUUUGGCGACACAAUUGGGGGCCCGUGGGAGAUUUUUGCUUAGCGAAAGCGUUCUCUCAUUUGCUUGGCACAGUGUCUCAGCUUCGGAACAAA